UUUACAGUUCACACUAUGACAUGACUAGCGAAUGUACCGGCUAGGCUGUUAAGUUAUCAAAAAACCAAAGUGUUUAGAAAUAUUUUAAGGAUUAUUUAAGUAUCUUCAAAUAAUGAAUAAUUAGUAACAAACAAUAAUUAGGUUGCAGAAUAAUUUGUUGACCUGUAGUAUAAGCUCGCCUUUAUGCUGUUUGUUUAUUGACUGAGGAAAAAAAUGGACAAUAAAAUAUACCUUUUAUGUUUUUUUAUGAUUUACCUUAUCCCUUCAAUAUAUGCAAGCUCGGGUGAUAGGUCGCCCUUUUAUCAAAAAUGCUUAAAAAAAUGUAAAAAACUAAAUUGUACAUCAGAUGCAGACUUCACUGAAGAGGCAGCAGCCCUUCGAGAUACUUCCUGUAAGGUGGUGAUGUGGGACUGUCAUGAUGAGUGCCGCUAUCACUGUAUGUGGCGCACGGUUAAUGUCUUUAAUGAGAAUGGGUACGACUUGCCCAAGUUUCACGGAAAAUGGCCUUUCAAGCGAGUCAUGUGUCUACAAGAGCCAACAUCAGUGUUUGCAUCUUUUCUUAACUUGGCCAGUACCAUGUACAUGCACAAAGAGAUCUGGAUGACAUUUAGAGUGACGGAGGCUCCGAUGGUACCCUUCUGGCACAUGUUCAUCAUGGUGUGCGAGCUGGCAUGGGUGUGGUCAAUGAUAUUCCAUGCGAGGGACACACUGCUAACAGAGUUCAUGGACUACUCUCUGGCACUGGCCAUGGUGAUGAUGCUGUUCGUAUCGGCUGUUGUAAGAUUACUAUACGAGCAUCGCUUGCUGAGGGUGCUCCUGGUGCUGCCUCUGGUGUCUUACUAUGUCGCUCACGUAAUUUACCUCCACGAGGGACGCGUGGACUACGACUACAACAUGAAAGUCAAUGUAUUCUUUGGUGUCUCCGCCGGCUUGCUGUGGUUGGGGUGGUGCUGGCAGCAGUACCGUCGCGGCCUGAGCUAUCCCUGGAGACUGCUCUUGUUCUGCGUGUGGUCAGGAUCGGCGCUCACCCUGGAGCUGGUGGACGGACCGCCGCUCCUCGGCUGGGACACGCACGCCCUGUGGCAUCUCACCACGGCGCCGCUGCCGCUUCUGUUCUACAAGUUUGUGAUCGAGGACGUAAAACAUUUGCAAAUCAAGCAAAAGGAAAGAGAGAUCAAGACUCUGUAAAUAUAUGUUAACUCGAGCGCAGCUCCGCACCUUAGUAACCUUAUUUAUUCAAAAUAAAAACGACCGUCUAAGCGUCA